AUGUUCGAAAACCCUGCCGACAUGGUCAAGCCCAAGGAGCCUUCUCCUCCUCCAAGCCUACAGGCCGUUGUGGAUGUUGAGGAACCUGCUGAGCCAAUCCUUCCCCAUUUCUUCCCUGAAGGUCAGAAUGACAGCAUACCUCGGAUCACCAGAACAACUUUCCUGGAAAUUCUUGACGGAAGGUUCAACGAGAACUAUGACCAGAAGAUAGUGAUCGAUUGUCGAUUCGAGUAUGAAUAUGAGGGCGGACACAUUGACGGCGCGAUCAACUACAAUGACAAGGAUCUCCUCUCAAGUCAUCUCUUUGAGACCCCAAUGGAAGGAAGAACUCUACUGAUCCUUCACUGCGAGUAUUCUGCACACCGAGCGCCUCUCAUGGCACGUCACGUCCGCGCACAAGACCGUGCUGUCAAUGCUGAGUUCUACCCCAAGCUCACCUAUCCCGAGGUGUACAUCUUGGACGGUGGAUAUAGUGGCUUCUUCUCCGAGCAUCGCGAACGAUGCUACCCCCAGGCGUACGUCGAGAUGGAUGCUGCUGAGCAUGCCUUCACAUGUGAGCGUGAGAUGGGCAAGCUUCGCCAGAACCGCAAGGGCCUUAGUCGGGCUGCAACCUUUGCAUUUGGCCAGCAAGACCGUCAAAUUUGUGAUUCUCCCACCGGCCCGAGUCGCUCCAACACCUGCGAUUCAAGCUCUCCCAUGGCGAUUGGCGCGUCUCCUUGUGCCAUCAUGGACAGAGGUCAUGCUAGGCGUAUGGCGUCUUACUAA